AGGGGAGGGGGGGUGUACCUGGGAAGUCUUCAAGAAGCGGAUGUUUUUGAAAGACUGCUACCCACCUUAGGCUAUGAAAACAGGAUGGGCAAAGGCUUGGAAGUGGGAUCGUGAAAGCUGAAUUCAGGGUUAAGUCUCUCUGGAGACGCCGCGUUUGGACUGGAGCAAUUCAUGAGCCCAGUAAGCCACGGCCCAGAGCGCGGGGAAAUUGAUCCUGGUUGCAGUGAUUCCAGGCAGGGCUCUGCCAUUUACCAGCUUUGUGACCCUGGGCACAUCAUUCUAACCUCCACCCCCUUCAAGAGCAUCCGUGUUCUCAUCCGUAAAACGGAGAUAUCAGUUGAGAGGAUCAAGGACCCACAAAGCCAACUAGCCUCAGCACCCACCACCUCAGCCAUGGAGGCCCUGGGUUCUGGUGGUAACCGCACAUCCCCAGCCUCAUCCACUCACAGCCUUGACCUGCGGCGGCUGUCGACACGCGCUGACUCUGCCUAUAGCUCUUUCUCCACGGUCUCCAACGGUCCUGAGCCUCACACACCAUCGCCCGGGACCGACGCCUCCCCUUACCUAGACUGGGACUAUGUGCGCGUGGUGUGGGGCGGCCCGGGCCCCGCGUCUGCCGCCGUCCACCGCACUUCCCCGCGGCCCUGGCCUGAGUCCACCGCCGGCAGUGGGCCGCGCCCACCAGACGUCCACGUGACUCCAGGGCCGCUCAGCAGACAGGCCACCCCGCUGCUGUACGCCCUGGCGGCCGAGGCCGCAGCACGGGCUGCCGAGCCGCUCAGCCCACCGGCCUCUAGGGCUGCCUACCGCCUGCGGCUACAGGGCGCGCAGCGGCGAGUGCUCCGGGAGACGUCCUUCCAGCGCAAGGAGCUCCGCAUGAGCCUGCCCGCUCGCCUGCGUUCUGCUGCACCGGCACGGCCAGCCGCGGUGCACCCGCGCUCCGCCUCACUCAGCCACCCGGGCGGGGAGGUGGAGGGGACACACUCCGGGCCUUCCACGCAAGGAAUCACCGGCCAGGGUCGCCUCGCUAACCAGCAGCUCAAGUGGUGCUUCUCGGAACCCGGGAAGCUGGAUCGCAUGGGUAGGGGCGCUGGGCCGGCUGGGGAAUGCUCCGGUGAGGCUUGCUUCAGCUCUGGCUUUUCCAGGUCCAAGCCCCAGGAGAUGCAGCAUCAGGCGCUGGCGGGGUUCAAAGGCCAUCAGAUAGGAUGGCGGCCCAGUAUCCAGCCCCCAGGCACAGCCAACCCAGACCCUGGGUCCUUGAAAGUUGGUGAGGCCUACAGGUCUGCCAGUCAGAGCUGGAGUGCUUCAGAUGAUGUCCUGGGCUCCUGGGGAGGUCCAGAAGGGACCAGAUCUAUUGUCCAGGCCAUUCCCCAAGUUGCAGAACCCUCCAGACCAUUUUGUCAGACCAAACUUUCCAGGUUCCUAACUCAGAAGGAGGCUGCAGUGGUAUGUCCUACAGAGGGCCCCCAGAGCAACCCUGCCACCUGUGAGAAGAGAGUCUCAGAAACCUGCAUUGUGCCUACCCGGCUCCCCUCCCUGCCUGAUGAUGAAGUUUUCCUGGAAGAAGACUCCUGUGCCUCUCAGGGGCUCCCAACCAGCACUUGUGCUUCUGACCAGCAUGGAUCUAACCUGGGCCACAGGACAGGUCGGGCUACAAUUCCCAUGGCGAACCCCCUCCAUGAGUGCCCAGAGACUGCAGGAGCAGAUGACUGCUGGCAGGGAGUGAACAGUUCUGUGGGUGUCUCCAGGCCCACAUGCCGCAACCUCCCUGGGGCUGCAAAUGGUGACAUCCCAACCAUGGAUGACCCCACUGGACAACUGAUCACUGACCCCCCUGCAACUACAGAGAGUGAUCCUCUCAAACCUCUCCCAAUUGAAGCCUUGGGACCUCCAAGCAAUGAUUCUCCAGGGCCCCCUAACCACACUGCCCUGGCCUGGGGCACUGGCCAGCCUGGUUCCAGGCCAACGUGGCCCAGUCAGCACCUCGAAGAGCUGGUUCAGGAGCUGGCCAGGCUAGAUCCCUCUCUGAGUGACACCCUUGUCCCCCACCCCAGCCCAGAGCCACACCUGGACCUGCUGGAUGGGCUGAUUCCAUUAGCUGAGGUCCGGGCUACAAUGGGGCCAGCCUUUGGGGGGGCUGGAAAGGAGGCUGCAGUUACUUCUGAGCCACGGUCCUGUCUACUCAGCUCCACCCAUCUUCUGCUAACAUCUCAGGAGGAGACAAGGUCUGAAAACCCUACCCCCUACACUAUGCCUGACCAGCCAAGUGGCCAGGGGUGCCCUGAGCCAAUCAAUAGCAUCCAGGCUAAGAAAAUGGAGCUAGCUGACCUUCUCCAAAAGAUGCUGUGGGAUCUUUAUGCAGAGCAGGAGCAGUUGCGGAAGAUGGCCCAGGUGUGGGCCAGGUGUGAGGAAGCUCUGGAGACCGCUGUGGGCCAAGCCUGUGCACCCCGGGAGCUAGAGCGGUUCAGUCGGUUCAUGGCCAACUUGGAGCGAGUGCUUGGCCUCCUGUUGCUGCUGGGCAGCCGCCUGGCCCGCGUGCACCAGGCCCUGGCAUGGGCAGGCGCAGAUGGUGACCCCGAAGAACGGGCCUCUCUUCUCCAGCGACUCCGGCUCCUGCAGCGGCAGCAGGAGGAUGCCAAGGAGCUGAAGGAGCACGUGGCGCGGCGGGAGCGGGCUCUGCGCAAAGUGCUUGUGCGGGCACUACCAGCUGAGGGGUUGCGCACCUACUGCUCUCUGCUGGCUGGCAAGGCUGUGGUCCUGGCCCAGAAACGCAGCCUGGACGAUCGUGCCCGGCUCCUUCAGGACCAACUUGAUGCCGAUAAUCCUUCCAAGUGUUCUCAUGUGGCCUUACUCAAGUUUUGGGGAUUAUUUGUGACUGUGCAUCACUCCUGCAAAAGCCUCAGUCUGACUGGCCGAGUCCAGUUCUCCUAGGCUGGUUCCUACCCAAGCCUUCAACUUCAGUUGUGGAAGUGGGGGUACUCCCUCCAUUCAAGACUCAAGGGAUAGGGAAUCUCCCAAAUUGAAAAUGGAUUCAUAUGUUUUGCUGCCUAAAAUCCCUGACAAAUGUCCAGUAUACGUGGGCAUUUAGGGGCAUUCAUUCUAAGGUAAAAAGAAUUUUAUUCCUCUUUCAAUUAUGAAUUUUCUCACCUCUCCUUUGGAAACUCCAGUGAUCAGCCAGGCCUAGGGGUGAAAGCUGGAGGUGAGGGAUGGAGACCUGCAAUGUUGGGGAGAGGCAGCUCUAGUUGUGUGCUAGAGAGGCUGAUUUGGGGGUGAGCUGGAGUUGGGAGUAGGAAUUUAGGGGCUGGAGUGGAAUGAAACAUUGGGCACACUCCCCUCCAUUUGUGCACCAGCCCUGUGUCCACAGAUAGAAUCAACAUUAAUUCUCAGGCAUGUGAAAAUCUGUUUCUGUAUCUGUAGCUGCAAACGCCAGGGGCAAAAACAUUGUUCAAGCAAAUGAUUAGUCUAUUUUUGGAACUUGGGUACAUUAAGGCAUGCAUAUGUGUUUUUAAAGCCAACUGACCCCAAAGUGAGAAAUAUCUGCUUCUAGGCUUGUUUUCUGAUGCUUAUUGUCACUAAGUGCAACUGGUUGGGAAUUUUAAAUGGUCGUAUUCAUACCAAAAGCAUUAGUUAUAACAGUCGAGCUUUUGAGCACAGAACAAUGCUCACACUGUGCCUUUUUAUAAAAAACAUAUGGGGCUCCUGCUGAGGCUGCUGUGGGUUCUAACAUUAUGCUUUGCUUCUGUCGUUUGAACACUGUGGGUUGGACCUCCACUCCAAGGUCCUCAGCCUAGUGCCACAGCUCUCUUUGAUAGACGUGCCCUGGAUGGAAUCUACUUGUUUCUGCCUUUUGCUCUGUAUAGUCCCCAUUGCAGUCUUUCAUUGUGAUAUUCUUAGAAACACACUUAAUGUCCUCCACUGAGUCAGUGGAAAUGGCAUAUUUCAGACAAAGCACCCCGGAAGCCAAAGUAUGCCAUUGUCCUGUUAAAUUGCAUUUUGGUUGUGUUGGUUUUCUCCAUAGGGAAAUAUGAGGCUUCUGUGCUUGUCUGACAAGAUCAAGAGAGCCCCAAAAGUAGGGUCACAUCUCCUGUACCCCUGUCCCUCUAUCUUGCCUAUCUCCUUCCUGUUUGUUCCUUACAGUUAUCCCUUCAGAGGGUAAGAAUAAACUCACCAUACAUGUUCAGUACUGGCAUCCCAGGCUGACAGACUUUGCAUACUGCCAAGUCCAUAAAUGCCAACCUCCAGGACACUGCCAGCAGAGGGCACUGCUCCCCUUAUGGUGAAAGCUUCUACCUGUACUUCACUACCGCAGCCUUCCCAACUAGCAAAGCCGGGGCUAGCCACA